GGGGGACGGUCAGUGUUAAUAGCGAGUGAGGGGGACGGCUAGUUUUAAUAGUCAGUGAGGGGACACUUUGUAUUCCUGAUCGGUCACUGUGAAGGUUGGUGAAUGAAUGGUGAUUGGGUUUGGCUGCUGAGCUGGAAUCGCUAAUAGAUUAUAGAAGAGAGCCAGUAGAACCGGUUUCUUAUGAAGCUUAUACAGGGUGGAUUUUCUUUUUUAGUUUUAUCCUUAUUGUCAUUGUUAAGGGACGUGGUUACACACAGUGUGUCUGUGCCAACGAUCUAUUGAAUGCAUGGCUCACUUGCUUUAAGGGUGUAGUCUAAGCACUAUAUCCCACUAUAGUGAUUAUGGUUCUAUUGGUACAAUGAUGCUGCCUCACAGUGGGGAGUGACAUGUUUUUGGUAAUUGUUAUAGACAACAAACUAUGCAACAAUGUGCAAUGUCAAUCAGCAGUGGCCAAAGCCAGUAAGGUAUUGUCAUGCAUGAAAAAGGUCUUUUUAAAUCGCUGGUAAACCACACCUUGAAUAUGCUGUGCAAUUUUGGGCACCUGUUCUAAAGAAAGAUAUCAUGGCACUAGAAAAAGUGAAGAGAGGAGCUACAAAAUUAAUAAAAGAAAUGGAGCAUUUUAGUUAUGAAGAAAGGUUAACAAAUUUAAACUUCUUUAGUUUAGAAAAAUGUCGUCUGAGAGGGGAUAUGAUAACAUUAUACAAAUAUAUUCAGGGCCAAUACAAACCAUUGUGUGGAAAUCUAUUCACAAACCGGACUUUACAUAGGACACAAGACCAUGCGUUUAUACUGGAAGAAAGAAGAUUUAGUCUAAGGCAAAGGAAAGGUUUAUAUACUGUAAGAACAAUCCGGAUGUGGAAUUCUAUGCCUGAAGAGGUGGUUUUAUCAGAGUCCAUACAGAUGGUUUAAACAGCAAUUGGAUAAAUAGUUGCAAAAACAGAAUAUUCAAGGAUAUAAUUUUUCAAUGUACGGUAAUAGCUUCUUGAUCCAAGCAUUAAUUUGACUGCCAUUCUGGUGUAAAGAGGGAAUUUUUCCCUAGUUUGUUACAAAAUUGGAAGUGCUUCAAACUGGGCUUUUUGCCGCCUUUUGGAUCAACAGCACAAAACAUAUGUUACAAAGACACGUGUCCAUCAAGUUCAGCCUCUUUUCAGCUAUGUAACCUUUAAAUAUAAGUUCAUCAGGCGGCUGAGGUGCAUGUGGCUACUUUAUAUCGAGAUCCUGUUACGCUUUAGCAUUAUCAUUUAUGUUCCUAUUCAUGAUGGCUGUGCCUUUUGGAGACAGGGUGUGUGUGUGUGACUUGGUUUGUUAUUGUAGAGGAAAGUUUGCAACUAUAAGGGGAUCUGCUGGGGGCCCCCAAUAUCUUGUUUAGCUACUGAUUUAUUUGCUCUUUAACGCAGGGGGAAAUCGUCGCCUGAAGUAUGUCAGUUUGGCCGUGUUGGUUGUACAGAAUGCCUCGCUGAUCCUAAGUAUCCGAUAUGCCCGUACUCUUCCUGGGGAACGGUUCUUCUCUACCACAGCUGUAGUAAUGGCAGAGAUUCUUAAAGGCAUUACAUGUCUCCUCCUUAUCCUGGCCCAGAAGAGAGGUGAGGAGUUAAUGUACAUUUCUAAUCCACAAAUAUUCCCACUGCAGAUAUUGGACCUGGAGUGCACUCCACCUUUGUGACCAAUAGAAUCUGUUACCCUUAAAGAAACACUGUAGUCUCUAUAACGAUAGCACAGUGAAGUGGUUAUAGUGCUCGGAGUCCUCUGGCACUGUUUCUCCAUUCAUUUUUGAGCAGUUUAACACUGAAUGAGGGCCCCUGGCUUCCCAUUGUUCCGCCACCACUAGAGGUGUGAUUAAGGUAGAGAUUACACACUUCCUUCUAGCCAUAUAGAGUCAUACCAGAAAUGUGUGCUGUGAUACGCUGAUAGCGGUCAACUGACACAUUCAGCCAAUCACAGCUGCCUAUUGCUUCUCAGCUGGGACUUAUCUUUAAAAAAAAUAGUUUAACACUGAAUGGAAAGAUGGUUCCAGGGGACUCCAGGCAGUGAUUUGAAGCAGUUGCAGUGCCUACAUGGUCCCUUUAAUUCCUGCAAUAUAUGAAUGGGUGCUAGUGCUUCUUAACUUAUAAUGCUGUUUUCUUUUAGGAAAUGUAAAAGAGUUGGUUGUAUUCCUGUACGAGUCGAUCAUUGUGCAGUACAUAGAUACACUGAAGCUGGCUGUGCCCUCCCUAAUCUACACCCUACAAAACAACCUGCAGUAUGUGGCAAUCUCUAACCUCCCAGCAGCCACCUUCCAGGUUUGAUCUAUUGGUUUCCAAUCCUUCCCUUUCUCUCCCUCCUUCCUCCCUCCCAUUUACCGCCUCUUCCUUCCUCCUUCACUUUUAUUUAAUUUACAUGUUUUUCACUUACUGAUUUUCUUUCUAUUUACACCUAUCGACAGGUCACAUAUCAACUGAAGAUUUUGACAACUGCCCUUUUCUCAGUCUUGCUUCUGAGGAAGAGUUUAUCCCGGUUGCAGUGGGGUUCUCUGGUAAUUCUGUUUGCCGGUGUCGCUAUUGUUCAAGCAGAGCAGUCUGGUGGCAAGGAGAGUGUGACGGCCAGCGAUCAGAGCUAUGUUGUUGGCUUGGUUGCCGUGUCUGUUUCCUGUCUGUCCUCUGGAUUUGCCGGUGUGUACUUUGAACGCAUCCUGAAGGGUAGUUCUGCGUCCGUGUGGUUACGCAAUGUUCAGCUGGGCAUCUUUGGCACUGCCUUAGGACUUGUAGCCAUGUGGCAGAAGGAUGGAUCGGCUGUGGCUGAGCAUGGUUUCUUCCACGGUUACACACCUCUUGUCUGGUGUGUCAUCUUCAAUCAAGCAUUUGGAGGUCUCCUUGUGGCUGUGGUGGUCAAGUAUGCAGAUAACAUCCUGAAAGGCUUUGCCACGUCACUGUCCAUUGUGGUUUCAACUGCGGCUUCUGUCCAUCUUUUUGGAUUCCAUGUGGAUGUUCCAUUUGCGCUUGGAGCAGCACUUGUGAUUGGAGCCGUUUAUCUGUACAGCCUCCCAAGAGCACCAGACUGUCCUCCAGCACCUCAGACAGCCCAGCUUAAGGAGUCCUUCCUUCCCAAGUCAGUUCUCACCAAGUGACAAGCCGUGUUACCCUGUGAAAUCAUGAAGUACAGUGGACUGGGGUGGAAUUCUAGGAGUUCAGUUUGAUUCGCUCCUAACCUAUAUCCUCUCUCCUCUCCCAUAACUCAGCUUGCUUGUAUUAACAGGCUAUUUCCAAUAACCAUUUAGUUUGAAAGCAGUUCACCACCAUCUAUUCUAUUGCUAAUCAAGGUGUGGAGAGCUAAGAUCCGAGAGAUACAUUUGGGGAAGGACAGCAGAUAUUAUUUCUCCUGGCGGAAUUUGAAUUCUAUGCUAUGUUUUCAAAUUGUGUAAUCUAACGUAGAGAUUGGCCAGGGACUGACUCCACCCUUCUAGUAACUCUCUCCUCCAAUGGUAUCAGCCUGGUCGCUGUCCACAUAUGUAUCACGUGUGGUUUGGCAAUAUUGAACUGUAGGUAUCACGUGUGUGGUAUGGCAGUAUUACAUGGUGAGCUGUUUCUAUCUGUAAAUAUUAUACAGAACUAUAUAUUUGUAUAUAUGGGGAUGAAGUGAUAUGAUAAAUAUAUGGUCACUGGUGCGGAGAGGUGUAUAUAGGGACUCUGCCUGGGAAAAUAAUCGGUGUGAUUGCAUGGUACUUGGUAAUGUGGUGUGUGUGUUGCACUGGGUGUUUUUCUGCCAUUGCUGUGGUGCAGUGUAUGCCAGCGUGGUACAAGCAUACAGGGCAGUAUAUUAUUGGAUUACUGUAAAUCAGAGAGCUGUCGGGUAUCGUGGCAAUGAGAGGAUUUACAUGGGGUGACUGCUUCUUCAAUGCAUGUUCAUUUCUUUCUCUUGUACUAAAAAUGUUUUAAAUGUAAAAUAAAAUCAUUUGUAUUUAUUCUACUUUCUCUUUCUCAUUAGUGCCUCUUUCUUUACUGACCCAUUAACCCUAAAUUAGCCAAAUCCCAGAAGCUCACUGUUUAUAUUGAUCGCUUACUGGACAUCAAACUGACUCCACACAAUCUAUUUAUCUAUCUGUGUUGUGUAUUAACCGGGGAUGUGUCCUUUGUAUUGUGUUACUGGCCAUGUGACUAACUUUUACCUCGCCCAUACGUUACUGACUGCUAAAACUGAAAACAAGAUAGGCCCUCUCAUAACCAGCAACAAAAGGAAAUUUUUGUUAGAUUUAGAGUAAAAGAACGAAUGUCAUUGUUUAUUUAGGGCUGAUGUUCUGUAAUGUAAAGCAUUGUUUUCUACAAGCUGUUCAGGGAUUGCCAUCUGGGACGCUGCAGCCAAUGUUGGUUACCAAAACCCCACCCCUGCUGGUUACCGAGACACCGCCCCAUCAGUCCCCUGCUGGGUGUCGAUAGACCCUCCCCCUUCAGUCGCUUGCUGGCUACCGAUACACUGCUCCGUCAGUCGCUUGCUGGCUACCGAUACACUGCUCCGUCAGUCGCUUGCUGGCUACCGAUACACCGCUCCGACAGUCGCUUGCUGGCUACCGAUACACCGCUCCGACAGUCGCUUGCUGGCUACCGAUACACCGCUCCGACAGUCGCUUGCUGGCUACCGAUACACCGCUCCGUCAGUCGCUUGCUGGCUACCGAUACACCGCUCCGUCAGUCGCUUGCUGGCUACCGAUACACCGCUCCGUCAGUCGCUUGCUGGCUACCGAUACACCGCUCCGUCAGUCGCUUGCUGGCUAGUUACAAAGGUCCCGUCAGUCCCCUGCUGCUUACUGAGGCUCAGUGCCCUGCUGCUUACCUAGGGCCCUCCCCGUCAGUCCCCUGCUGGGUGUCGCUAGACCCUGCCCAACCCACUGUGGGUUACCGAUAGCCACCCAGGUGUAUGCUGGACAAAUCAUGGCAUAUGCUGAUAGAUAAUGACAGUCUUUGUUUACUCUUAGGAAAUAUUAAAAGGACUCCAGUUGUAUGCAACAACAUACCUGACGUGCAUUUGAUAUAUUUUGUCAGGUGUGGUUUUUAUUUUAUUUUUAAAUCUCAGUUUUGCUAAAUAGAAGAAAAAUGUUUUUUGGUUUCAUACAGGAAAACCUUUUGCCACGCCCACUCUUUUUACAACUUCAUUAAUAGAUUUAUUACGUACACUGCUCACCCAAUGAGAUAUCAGUGUCCCCACAGCCAAUCACUGAACUCUCAUUGACUGAGAUACAUGGCUUCCCUGUCAGUGAGGCUUCAAGCACCAUAACCACCACAGCAUUAGGUGUGGGUCACCUCCUUCAUUGAGAGCUUGAAAGUCAGGGCUCGUUGGCUCAAAUGCACUUAAGUUAUCACUAGCAAAAACUAACUGUGGCCAGAGCAGUUUCCAUGGUAACUAAAGAAUGACUUGCAGAGUACAGUCUCGAAUGCAACCUGCAAAUACCGAAAACUGUUCCCAGGCAAUAGCAGCACAAAUCCACACAGCAUGUGACUGGCUUCAGGUAUUUGGUCAUAUAAAAUCCUGUAUGUUACUCUGUGUGCCAUUUUUCUGGGGAUGUAAAUACUCAUGUCCCGUCUGGUUUUUGUCUUUCAGGAACAUUUCCAAACAGAAAGGGUGUUGAAGUGUUUGUGUGGACACCCUCAGGCUGGUUGUGACAUACAAAGUGUUAUAUUCUUCCCUUGUACAGAGGAUGGGAGACUGUGUCAGGAACCUUCUUCCCUACUGUAGAACUCACAGGCUUGGACAAUGCUGGGGUGGAGCAAGCUCUGCAGUCCACAUCCCUGGAUGAUUCCAUUAUUAUUUUAUCCAACAUGUAUAGUGAUAUAAAGACAUUAGUUUUGUUCUACACGACUAAUUCGUGGAAUGUCUUUACUGUCAGCUGUGUUUGAGAAACAGAUUGGCAAUGUUGAAGGCUUUAUAAUGGACCGAGAGGGGAGGCAGCGGGCCAUUGGCAAAAGAUGGUCUGGAUCUGUUAUAGUAAAAUGUAAGGAAAACCGAUAAUUAAACAUGUUAUUCCACAGCAUUCUUUUGAUAAACAUUCUAAGGUCAUGCAGAACCAUGGCAGCCAAUCAUCUUGCAGUGUUUGUUAAAGUGUAUUAAACCAGACCAGGGUUUCCAUGGUAAUUGGACAAACUGACAUCCGUUGUGUACAUAGCGUUUCAGGAUUGGUGGGCAGUGUGUGCUACAUAGAGAAUACUAUUACAUAGGCUGAAAAGAGACUUGCGUCCAUCAAGUUCAGCCUUCCUCACAUAUGUUUUUGCUGUUGAUCCAAAAGAAGGCAAAAAACCUAGUCUGAAGCGCUUGCAAUUUUGCAACAAACUAGGAAAAAAUUCCUUCUUGACCCCAAAAUGGCAGUCAGAUGUCUCCUUGGAUCAAUCAGCUAUUACCCCACUAACUAGAAAUUAUAUCCUUGCAUGGUAUGUUUUUGCAAGUAUUUUUCCAAUUGCAGUUUAACCCCCUUAGUUACCAGAUUGUUUUUCCAUUUUCUUACUGUUAAGGACCAGGGCUGUUUUUACAUUUCUGCUGUGUUUUUUUCCUAAUUUUUAUAUUCUUAAUUUUUGUUGUGCUUUAAGUUGACAAAGAUAUCACAGUAUACGUUGUAUGCAAUGGAGGAACAUGUCAUAUUAGAUUAAGUAUAGAGAUAUUUCAGCACAUUUUAUAAUAAUCUAGCAGGAGCGAUGUACACAGUGUGGCUUGAAAAGAAAUUAAGACAUUUUGGUGUCGAUUAAACACUUUGUGUGCAUCUGAGUAUGUGUGUCAGGAGUUUAUUGCCAUUGAGUAACAUCAAUAGUGUUAGCAAUUGUUUAAGGUGGUUGACGUGUUAGUAAGGUUAUUAUCUAUGAGACGCUUUAGUAUGUGUACUGUGUGCAUAUACACUUGUGGUUUAUGGUCAUGGUGGUGUGUGGCACUCUAACUGGGUAUGUGUAAGCAUAGAGCAAAAUAUAUACAUAACAGCAUAAUGGCCCAGCUAGAGAAGCGCUGGGUGUUUGGGUCAGAGCGUCUGUUUCAUCCGAUACCCCUUGUGGGGAGGCGGUACCCCUCCAGCCCCGGGCUGAUGUCGAGGCCUGCCUUUCCUGGCCACAACCUCUUCCUUGCUUGGUAGUGAUAGAGGGACUGUUUGUGUACCGAUGUUUGAGUUCGGACCUCCACUUCCGCAGGCAAUGCUGCCAGUAUUGCACCCGCGUGGCUUUCAGUCCGGGUGGGCCAGAAGGAGAAAUAGGAGUAGGUCGUACCUUUGUGAGACCCGAGGGUGGGGGGUAGGAGGUGAGAGCUCUGAGGUAUCCAUGUCCAGGUCAGUCAGCGUGGAGAGUGGCCGUUUCUCCACAACUUGGAUCUCCAGUAGGCCUCAGGUUUGUAUUGCAGGGUCCUGGUGGGUUACACGCUUGGAUUCAGUGUCUGUGUUUAG